AUGGGAUCUCUUGAUAUUAUUCCAUUUAUAAAUGAAAAUUAGGAAAAAAAAGAGCAAAAAUUUGUGAUAUAAUAAACAGAUACUUAUUUGAAUUUCAUUUUGAAGUCAGUUUACCUUGUGGAUUGAAUAUUAAGAAUUUAGAAAAAUUACAUUCAUAAAUUUCUAAUGCAUUCCUUUUUAAAAAAUUAACAAAUAAAAUAGAAAUAAUAAAUAAUAAUAGCAUCCUUAUGAGAGAUAUAUCAAACUCAACUUUAUCUUUAUAUGUAAUCAAUUUAAAUUAUUUAGGAAAUAAGCAAUAAUAUAAUUAAAUUAAAUUAAACUUAGUCUAAUCUAUUUGCUUUUGAAUAAAAUUAAGAAAAAUAAAUUAGAUUUUUUUCUGUAACAAUUAUAAACUAGGAGUGUAGAAUUUAAAUAGAAUUAUGCGAUUUUGUAGUAAUAGUUUUUACAAACAAUUAAACAUAAUAUUAUAAUAAUCAAUCUGAUUUUGUUUAAUUAUAAGUAUUUAUUAAUUUAUAUGAUGUUAUAUUGGAGUAAUUAAAAUAUGAAAAUAAUGAAUGGAUAUUAAAUUUGUAAAAUAAUGAUUAUAGUUUUUACAAAAAAGUUGAUAAAUAUCCUGAUUUUUUUUAUUUAAAUCCUAAAGAGACAUUAAUUUUCUAAUGUUCAAAUAGCAAUGUAAAAAUACAUUAUAAUUCAUGA